GAGAGAGAGAGGUAGCGCAGCAGGCUCGUGGGGUUAUCUUGCUCUCCAGGAUACAUUGGAAGAAAACCGCUCCUGGUUGUUGUUUUGUAGCCGAUUUCCAUUUCGGAGGCGGAGCUCGUGUCUUGAGCACCACAAAAGGAAGGAGCGGAGAGGAGAGCAAAGGAGCGCGGGCGCGAUCGAUUUGAACCACCAGCAGCGGCGAGGAACCGUUGACAGGCGCCAAGGGUAGCAUGGAGCGAGAGGACAUGGGCACGUUCACGACGCCGGUCGUCCAUACCAAUGCCGAGGGGGGCUGGGGGCCAGACGCAAGUGCGUUGCCUGAGCAGUUCCUGGACGUCCCGUACGCGCCGUUCGGCAAGAGCGAUCGCAUCGGAAGGGCGGCCGACUUCACGGCGCCCGUGUACUUCCAGAACCGGAGCUUCCGUAACCGACGUGGGGAGGACAACGCCGUCAACGCGGAGUUCCAGUACAAGUACGACAACGAGGAGGACGAGGCGUUCCGCCUGGUGGACACCACAAAGUCCAAGCAGAACCGGUUCGGACCGCGUAACCGCUGGAACAACAACCGUGGCCGGGGGCGCGGUCGCGGCGGUCGGUUCGGCGGACGGUUCGGGGAGACUACUCGGGGACAGCCGGCGGCGAGUCAGGGGGGACAAGCCGGGAAGGACCGCACUGGAGGUCGCUUCAUCGGCGUGCCCAAGAACAAGUGGGAGCGUCAGCGGUUGGCGAGGGGACGCGGCCCGUACCGGAGAGACCGCCAGCGCACCGACCGCCAGGCCUCGGUGCAAGUCUUGCCUGACUGGCAGGUCGUGGAGGAGUUCGAGCUGCCGCAGCUAACGAAGCUCCAGACCAACAUCCCCAAGGCGGAGGACAUCCAGUGGUGCGGCUUCUUGGAGCAGUACGACGACCAGUACGAUAGGAUCACCUCCAGAACCGAGAGGCGCCUGCAGCGGUGCGAGAAAAAGGAGUUCUACUACGUGACUACGACCGACGACCCGGUGAUGGAGAAGCUAGCCGUGGAGGGUAAGGGGAACGUGUUCGCCACCGACGCGAUCCUGGCCCACCUGAUGGCCUCACCAAGGACCAUCUACCCCUGGGAUAUCGUCGUGCAGAAGGUGAACGGCACCUUAUUCCUCGACAAACGGGAGGCGAGCCAGCUGGACUACCUCACCGUCAACGAGACUGCUGUGGACCCGCCCACGCCGGGCGAUGACCCCACCAACAACAUCAACGCGCCGGACCGCCUCAGCCUCGAGGCCACCAUGAUCAACCAGAACUUCUCCCAGCAGAUCCUCAAGCCCGGCAACCGGAAGAACCUGGAGAUGCCCAACCCUUUCUUCGACAAGGACGAGGCUGCCCCGGGAAUGACCCCGGCGGCCAUCGGGUACCGCUACCGCAAGUUCCAGUUGGGGGCUAACUACACGGUAGUGGCGCGGUGCGAGGUACAUGGUACGGCGGUCAAGCCCGGCAUGAAGGCCGGGGAGAAGCAGUACAUGUCGGCCUUCGCCUUGAACGAGUGGGAUUCCAAGCUGGCGGGCGGAGUGGAAUGGCGCCAGAAGAUCGACACACAGAGGGGAGCUAUCCUUGCGACGGAGCUGAAGAACAACUCCGCCAAGCUGGCCAAGUGGACGGCGCAGUCGAUCCUGUCUGGCGCAGACCAGAUGAAGAUCGGCCUGGUGUCUCGGGUCACGAAGGCUAACGCCUACGAGCACGUCGUCCUCGGCACCCAGAGCUACAAGCCCAGGGAGUUCGCCACCCAGAUCACGCUGAGCGCGAACAACAUGUGGGGCAUCAUCCACAUGAUCGUGGAGCUGCUGAUGAAGCACGAGGACGGGAAGUACGUCGUCAUGAAGGACCCCAACAAGCAGGUGGUGCGUGUCUACAGCGUGCCCGCCAACACGUUCGAGAGCGAUGACGAAGACGAGACGGACGAUGACGAUGACGUCAACGACCAAGGACAGAACUAAGUCGCCGCACGACUCCGACCGCCGAAAACUCGGACAAGUGGACGACCGCAAGUAAACAUCGGUGCUGGCUUGCCUAGCCUAGGCUGGCGUAUGUGCUCUUGUGCUGGUUUCUCCGGGGGGAGGGAAAGAGUCCUCGGCAGCAGAUGAAAUUUUAAUCGGAGGGAAAUUGCUGCUGCCAUGGCGGUCGGUCGCCCCGUUCUUGAUUUUUUUGUGUUGGGGAGGUGGCGCGGUCUUCUCUCGGGCUAUGCUGCAGUUGUAGAGGUGCCCUCGCCCUCGCCCUCGCCCUCGCCGCACCUGAACCGAUUCGCUUCUUGUUUGAUAGCACCUCCUCUUUUUUGGUGUGCGUCAGGUCAUCCGUAGGCAUAGCACGAACGCGUGUCUACAGCAGCAGUAUGGCAUGGCAGCGAGACCGUACCUUGACCUCUGAGGCUUUGUUUGGAUCAUAUUCCAUGGGGCGAAGCUGGUGUGUGUUUGCAGGCCUUUGUCGGCGCCGUUCAAAAGGUUGGCUAGAGUGUGUGUUGAGAAUCGGAUGUUGGGGUCUUCGGCACGUUUCUUUUGGGGUUCGGUGUUUUCGUGGCAUGUGUCUUGUCUGCAUUUGGGCUGAGGGAGGAGCCGGCACUCCUUGUUUUCACAGCAACCGCCGUGUUUACUUGUGAGCAAAAACGGAACAAUAACUAUUGGAGAAAAAGAAAAGCCGAACGAGAGUUGACGCCUUCCGGUUCUUCCGUAUCAAGAGAGACUAUGCAAACAAAAGUUUUUUUUUGUGAU